GGAGGAGGAAGCGGCCGCAGGGAGGUCCCGUCCGCCCGCCCAGACGGGUCGGCGCCCGGCGGUACCAUGACGGUGGGUGCGCGGUUGGGCGCCAAGGCGAGGGGCAGGUUCUCCCGCCGCCGGCCCGGCGACGACCAGGUCUCCAUCCUGCCCGGAGACGAGGAGGAGGAGGAGGCGGCGGCCGGGGGCAGCGCGGUGAAGGAGGAGGAGGAGGAGGAGGAGAAGGAGGGGGAGGAAGGCGCUGGCUGCAGGAAGGUGCGCUUCGCCCUCCUGCCCGACUCCUACGAGCCGCUGCGGCCGCCGCGGGCCGCCGCUAAGCGGCCCUACGGGAAGAGGCUGAAGAAGUACGGCAAGAACGUCGGCAAAGCCCUGCAGAAGGGAUGCCGCUACUUGGUGGUCGGCCUCCAAGGAUUAGCAACGGCUUAUUCCGCGCCCUUUGGGGUGGCAGCUCAGGUGGCGUCCUUCGUCCGCUAGCGCAGCUCCACACGCCUCACCGGGGAGGACGCGAGGCCAUUGCUGCUCUCCUAGGAUUAAAUCUGAGACCCGCACCUGAGAAACCUCUUGGACAAUCUGUCCCUGCCCCCACCCCCUCGUCCAAGCCCCUUCCCCCGGACCAAGUGCUCUUCUCUGCGAAAACUUCCAGGGCUUUAUAAAAUUGGAUGGGGUUGAAGAAAUGCAAGGAUGAGGAAGUAAUCUUUUACUAAUGGAGCUGAAGUUUGUUCUCAGAUGUGGUUUUCUGAAGCUUUGGGCUAUGCGUGGAAGGGAGCCAAGGAUGGAUGGAAAAGCAAGUCGGUGAUGGAGAGAGAUAUAAAGGGAAUUAGAGGACGGGGGGGCAGCUGGGGAGGUGGAGGUGCGGGUCUGGCUGGUGGGAGGAAUUGUCAAAGCAGUGGAGGAAACAGAUAAUGAGGGAUCAGGAGAAGGUACUCUUUGGUUUUCUGAUGUCCUUCCCCCUCCCCGAGAGGGUUAAGAUUGCAAGUGUACUUAAAAAUAUACUCAGAUAUAAAUGGGCUGUGGUCUGAGACAUGGUGAACUUUGCUGCAUCGGUGGUGUUCAUCUCCAGCACUGGAAAUCACAGGCCUUUAAAUCUUAAGACUGAUGUAAAAAUCCAGAAGGAAAAUGAUGUGUGUUUGUCUUCCGAUUUUGGGGCAUUAAAGGUUCACUGUGAUUAGUAUUUUAAACUUUUCCUCUGCUGCUGUGAAACCUGCAUAGACUUCUCUUACCGAGAACAGAGUUUACAUCUGACAUACCUGAUUCUGGAAGCUGGGGCUGUAAGAACACAGCUUGUGUGGUGGUCACCGGAAAAGAAAAUGGAUUACCAGCUGCAUCUGAAAAAAAACCCAAACUACAUUCAGCAUUUGGUAUAAGAAUGUACAACUGUUUCGUAUAAGAAUAGGGCCAAAUAACCUGCCAGCUCCAUCUUCAUUUCCGUAGGUGGAAGUUGUAGCUAGAGAAUGUCAACAUCAGAUGGCUGAGCUCAAUGGGGCGGAUGGAGCAGCUUCCGUGUCACACCUCCAGGGAUAUAAAUCUUGUGUGGAUGACACAGGAACAAGGAGGGUUACAGGCCUUCAAAAUUCAGUGGGUUUUGAUUUUCUUAUUUUAAUUUUUUUUUUAUAUUAGUCUUUCACGGUAGCAGUAAAGGUUUUCCCUGCUAGUGCUUUCUCUGUAUUAUAGAUCUUUCUAGUUUUGAUAGUGGUUUUGUAAUCAAGGAGUUGACUUAUCUGGAAAGAAAUGCUGUUCAUUUUUCUUUGCCUUGUUUGAGUGAAGAGGUUUGCGUGUCUUAGCAAACCACGCUGUAUUUCUUUUAAAUGUAGCAACUGAAACAAAGGUGGAUUUUUUUUUUUUUAAUGCUCUUUUCUAACGGCACUGUAAAUAAAAAUACUGUGAUCCA